AAUGAAUACUAAUUUUUAUAAAUUUAUCAAAAACUUGUCGGCAGUGCACAGGCUCACCAGAUUCUACAGAAUAGGCCAUGGACAUCGUAAAACUUCCAGAGCUAUUAGUCUUAGGCCCUCCAAUUCUUUUCAAAGUAUACGAAAGAGAAUUCUCGACCAAAUUCCACAUUCUGAAACCAUAUGAAUCUCCACUACCCACAGAAAUUUACUUACAAACCCAUGGGCAGUCGGUCAGGGCAUUGCUGUGCUACGGGAAGAGCCCGGUAACAGCCCAGAUGCUCCGUCUACUCCCGUCACUCCAGUUAGUGAUGACGGCUGGCACUGGAGUUAAUCAGAUAGACCUUCCUGAGUGCCGGCGCCUGGGAAUCUCUGUGGUGAAUACUGGUGAUGUUUUCUCCGAGGACACGGCGGAUUAUGCUGUUGGGUUGCUGAUUGAUGUGCUUAGGAAAAUUAGUGCCGGUGAUCGGCAUGUGCGCCGAGGAGCUUGGCCUGUCCAUGGUGAUUUUUCCCUUGGUGUGAAGUUGGGAGGCAAACAAGUCGGAAUUGUUGGGCUAGGCAACAUUGGCUCAAAGGUUGCAAGAAGGCUUGAGGCCUUUGGAUGCAUAAUUUCAUACAACUCAAGAACCAAGAAGUCAUCAGUUCCCUAUAGUUUCUAUCCCAAUGUUUGUGAACUUGCAUUGAACAGCAACAUCCUAUUCAUUUGUUGUUCCUUAACAGAACAAACUCGUCACCUGAUUAACAAGGAUGUUAUGACUGCACUAGGGAAGGAUGGGAUCAUAGUCAAUGUCGGUCGAGGACCGAUCAUCGAUGAGUCGGAACUCGUGAAAUUCUUGGUGGAAGGUGAAAUUGCGGGUGCUGGUUUGGAUGUGUUUGAGAAUGAGCCUACUGUACCUAAAGAGUUGUUUGGAUUGGAUAACGUUGUCAUUACGCCACAUCGUGCUGCCUUCACUCAGCAGGCAUUUUUUGAAGCUUUCAAUGUUUUGGUGGCAAAUUUAGAGGCUUUCUUCUCAAAUAAACCUUUGAUUACUCCUGUAUAGGUGAAUGAAUCAUGUAUUUAUAUUGUGCAAGUAAUUUCUUGGCAAAUAUGUAAUUCCAAUAUCGUGUAUGUUGUUAAACAUUGUCACUAUCCUUUAUCUGGAUAGGUAUGUACUUAUGAGCGACUACGCUAACUUUGCCCUGAAUUCCAUUUUCUACAUAUCAAUAGCGAUCUAGUUAUUAAUAUGUAGCCAUUCUGAUUGAGAAAAUAAGGAAUUGCUACUCAUAAAGUUGAA